AUGUCGCUUCCCUUGGGUUUUCAGUCUGCGUCGGGCCAGGAGUUAUGUUUACUCUCCACACCGGACUCGCGCGGCCUGGGAUCUCGAGCAGUCUUGAAGAACGAGGUUCCAACACCACCUGUACCUCCUCGAGAUGAGCUUCUACCAGUGACUUCAUCACCAUCACAGCACUCUACAACUUUUGCGGAAUCUCCAUUUCGAGUUGAUCGCCCAGGUCGCUGCUAUCUGCCGCCAGCCAUGACAGAUCUCAAGCUAGCCAUGGACUACUUUUCAGUGCCGAUGACGUCCUUUCGCUACUUCGUUGCCCCAGAAUUGAUUUCAUCGCCCGGGCUGUUUCCAAUAUUCAUGGAUUUACCGCCAGAAAUCCAUCGAAUCAUCUUUCGCUUUUGCGACACCCCUACGCUGUUUCAUCUCAUACACACGUCCUCCUACACCCGACAAGCUUGUUUAGAUCUGUUCUGGCAGUUCCGCGACGAUAAUACUUGGUACCGACUGGAAAAACCCUUCGAAGCUUUUGCUGAGGAAAACCCACAGCUUUACCAUUGCCCCGAGUUUGCUUCCCGGGUCACACAGGUAGAGAUUACUUUACCCUUUGGCUGGUUUGACAGAAGACGGGAAUUCUGGGGAAGGUUCCAGGAUAUCUUUCCUUCGGCGCAACGAGUGGUAUUUUAUGAACCCUGUAUCGAUCGCUCGGGGCGUCAUGCAACGAUCAGUCAGCCUCCAGGGGGUGUAACGGGUGCAGCUAAUGCAAUCCCAGAGCUUGUGGCACAGGCGCCCCUAAAUAUCACCACAUUGGUCGCAACACCCUCCGGGGAUACGGAGAGCAAUCUGCGCUACCAACUAUGGCGCAUCCAAAGCUCGGAGGUAAGCCUUGUGAACGACCCGUGGAGGCCAAUGCGAGUCAUUCUACCUCCAAGAAGGGAUAUUCGCCCUGGCAUACUGAACCACUUUUUGACAAGUGAAAGACUUGGUACGGAGGCACUUCGCGAAAUGUACGGGUCGGAUUGGCUGAAAUGGGAGACCUAUUUGCGUUAUCCUAAUGCCAAAGGAAUUGAAUGUCCAAAUGCCGACUGUAACGACAAAUUUCUGAAGGAGGCGGACUGGAAACGGCAUCUUUCGGAUCAUGAUGAGCCAUACCUCAGAAACGAGUUGAACCAGAGCAUGCUCACGUAUUGUCGAAAUACUCCAGCUGAUGUGAAAGCUGUUCUUGAUGAGAAGCAACGUCGCAUCGACGAGGCAUAUUUCAUCAGAAGUACUAUGGUUGAGGACCUGGUCCAAUGGUACCAGGAGAAUGGAGACCGAGGCAGACGUCAAUUUGAAGAGACCCUUGUUCAACAAUUGAAGGAAUAUGGGUUUCUCACAGAUGCUGAGCCACUGAACCGAUGGGGACUGUUCUUUGAAUUUGUAUCUGAAUGGCUGAAUGACUGGGGGGACGAGCCAGGUGAACACGAGGAUUACGAAGUAGAUACUGAUCAGGAGUAUCCACAAGAAGAGAUAUCGGAUUGUGUUUAUGCUGGGGAAGAAUACUUCGUGUACCCGGAAUGA